AUGCCUGCAGGGGUGGUCAACCAGCGGGCUCAGGCCGUCUCUCAUCAUCUCUCCCCACACUUUGAUGUGGGCUAUCCUUCCCAGUCGUUCCUCUUCUUGAAAACCUUGAAGGAAGAUUCGAAGGCUACCCAGCAACAUGUAGCGCAGGCGAAGCUUCCUCUUCGAAUUGUCGUUGUGGGCGCGGGUCUGGGAGGGCUGGCUACAGCAAUCGCGCUGGCAAGGCGUGGACAUUCAGUCGAAGUGCUCGAGCAAGCAUCACAGCUGGGCGAGGUUGGUGCAGGCAUUCAAGUCCCGCCAAACUCAUGCCUUCUUCUGCAGCGAUGGGGAGUUCUCGAGCAUCUGGGCCCACACGCCGUCUGCCCCGAAAGCAUUAAGUUUCGAAAGUGGUCCAAUGGCGAAACAGUCGGGUAUACGGAGCUCAGAGACAUGGAGCAUGAUUUUGGCGCAGCAUACCUGGUCUGCCAUAGAGCCGACCUACAUAGGUCUUUGCUAGCCACCGCAGUGAAUCUUGGCGUGGAGAUCCGUCUCGACAGCAAGGUAACAAAUUAUGAUGCGAUGGAUGCCAGCGUGCAGCUUUCGAAUGGUUCCAGGAUUGCUGGAGAUCUCAUUAUUGGAGCUGACGGCAUUCACUCGCACGCCCGUGCUGCAGUCUUACCAGAGAUGGGCCCAGAGCCCAAGAGAACAGAGUUUGCAGCUUAUAGAGCCACAAUCGAAGUCAGGAAGAUGAAGGCAGAUCCAGCACUUCGCUGGCUGCUGGACAAGCCGUCGUUGCAUAUCUGGAUUGGAGAUGGCAGCCACGUCAUGGCGUAUACAAUAUCUCGAGGAGAAGCCUUCAACAUGGUACUUUGCCAUGCCGAUCAGUCGGAUCCUGCAACAUGGACGCAAGACACAGCUGUCACCGACAUGAAGAAUCAUUUCGCAUCCUGGGAUCCGCAAUUAGUGAAGUUGACGUCGAUGAUCGAUUCAUGCCUCAAAUGGCCUCUCAAAACAGGGGCAAGACUCCGAACCUGGAUUCAUCCUUUGUCCAAAAUGCUGAUACUUGGCGAUGCAGCACAUGCCAUGUUGCCAUACAUGUCGCAAGGAGCAGCAAUGGCGGUCGAAGAUGGAGCCGCUCUUGCAGUUGCUUUGAACGAUGCCGCUGACCGGAGUGAGAUACCUGCUGCAAUGCAAUCGUUCGAAGCGGAGAGAAUGGAGCGAAGUACUGCAAUGCAAGAAGCGAGUCGGGCUAAUGGUAUCAUCUGGCAUUAUGAGGACGGCCCAGAGCAGAUUGCAAGAGACCAGGGAAUGAGAGCUGAAGUCGAAGGCCGUCCGUUCUCUUGGAGCUCGAACCAGUGGAGUGAUCCGGUAACGAGUUGGUGGACGUACGGAUACGAUGCGGAGGAGAGGAUGGCUCGGGCGAUGCGAGUUGGUAAAGUAUCCAAAAUCGACGUUACUGCGUGA